UUCCCAAAAUCGACCAUGGCAGCAACUCCCAAGGCCGAAUGGCUAACCCAACUAGGCUCCGUAAUCGGCGGCCCAGUCUUCGCGUACACCAUGUUCCGAUACUACUUCCCCCGCGAGAUCACACGCCCCCUCAAAUACUACUUCAAAAAACUCAUCAACUUCUUCUACCCAUACAUCCGCAUCACCUUCCCUGAGUUCCAGCCCGACGGCUUCCAGCGCAGCCUCGCCUACGCCGCCAUCAAGCGCUACCUCAACGCCCACUCCACCUCCCAGGCCAAGCACCUCCAAGCCACCGUGGCCCGCGACACCGAGGCCGUGGUCCUCACCAUGGCCUCCAACUCCAGCGAGCUCGUCACCGACGACUUCCGCGGCAUCAAGCUCUGGUGGGCCUCCCGCGAGACCCCCCCUUCCUCCCAGACCAUCUCCUUGGGGCCGCGUGAGGCUGACAAGCGCUUUUUCUCCCUCACCUUCCAUCGUAAACACCGCCAGCUCAUCUGCAAUGAAUAUAUCAAGCACGUGCUUGACCAGGGCAAGGCGAUCACGGUCAAGGAGAGGCGGAGGAAGCUCUUCACGAAUAGCAAAGGAAGCGACGGCGGCGGAUACUCUUACGGCCGCAGGAGGCUCUGGAGCGAGGUGGUGUUCGACCACCCUGCGACGUUCCAGACGCUAGCAAUGGAUCCUGUUAAGAAGAAGGAAAUAAUCGAUGAUUUGAUCAAUUUUUCGGAGUCGAAAGACUACUACAAGUCGGUUGGGAAGGCGUGGAAGAGGGGCUACCUCCUGUACGGCCCGCCUGGCACCGGGAAAUCCACCAUGAUCGCGGCCAUGGCGAAUUUGUUGGAAUACGACGUGUAUGAUCUCGAGCUGACCGCGGUGAAGGACAACACGGAGCUGAGGAAGCUUCUGAUCGACACGUCAGGGAAGUCGAUUAUUGUGAUCGAGGACAUUGAUUGUUCGUUAGAGCUGACGGGGCAGAGGGAGAGGAAGGAGAAGGAAGAGGAGAAGAAGAAGAAGGAGGAAGAGAAGGAUCCGGUGAAGGAGAAGAUGAAGAAGAUGGAGGAGAAGAAGACGAGCGAUGUGACGCUGUCGGGGCUGCUUAACUUCAUCGACGGGCUGUGGUCGGCGUGUGGGGGGGAGAGGAUCAUCGUGUUCACGACGAACUACGUGGAGAAGCUGGAUCCAGCGCUGAUUCGGAGGGGGAGGAUGGAUCAGCAUAUUGAGCUGUCAUACUGCGGGUACGAGGCGUUUAAGGUUUUGGCGAAGAAUUAUUUGCAGUUUGAGGAGCAUGAGUUGUUUGGGAGGAUAAGGCAGCUGCUGGAGGAGACGAAGAUGACGCCGGCAGAUGUGGCGGAGAAUUUGAUGCCGAAAUUGAGGGGUGAGGAUAAGGAGAGGUGUUUGAUGAGAUUGAUGAAAGCGAUUGAAGAGGCUAAGGUCAAAGCUGAGGAGGAAGAGAAACUCAAGGCUGAAGAAGAAGAAAAGAAGAAGAAAAAGGCUGCUGAAGAAGACAAGGGGGAAAAGAAGAAGAAAGAAAAUGGCGAUGCAGAGGAGGCCAACGGCAGCACAGAUGGGGUGGUCAAAGAAAAUGGAGUUGCAGAGAAUUGUGCGUAGAUUUCUUAUGCAACAAAAACAAAAUUUAUCUCAGGAGAAAGGAAUUGGUCAUAUACCACUGUAAAAAAGGUUAAAUCCUGAAAACCACUUUGCAAACUUGAUCAAAAUAAUAGCUGCAGAAGAAUUGUAAAUUAGUACUAGUACUCAUAAAUUAUACAAUCAUGUUGCAAUUGCAAACCCAGCCAAAAUUCCUGAUUUUCAA